CAUAAUAGCCUAGCAGACGACAUAAUCGUGUUGUGAUUUUUAUCGUGAAAUCGAAAGUUGGUGGGGAGAAAUUGUAGAUGAAUUCGCAGUAGAAAAAGUUAAUCAUUCGAUAGCCGGAUUUUAUAUGUUGUGAUAUUUAAGGCCCAGUUAUUUGUUCAAACAUUUUCUUCAAAUCCACGAGGUAUAUCAGAAAGUGAAAGAAGAAAAAUGUCUCGCACCACAAUCGAAACUACCGAAGCGAGUUUUUUACUCCAAUUAAGUCAAACUGCAAUUCACUUUGAACCUGUUACAAAAAUCACAAAUGUUUUCUACGAUGAAGUGACUCGCCAGGUCUUCACAGUUCGAUCCGGGGGAGCAACAGGAGUAAACGUCAAAGGCCCAAGGAUGAAAAAUCCUAUAAAUUUCCGAGUUGAAGAUAAAGGAGCAGUACUUUCUAUUAAAUUCUCACCUGAUCAACAGAUCUUAGCAAUUCAGAGAACUUCAAAAUCAGUUGAAUUUCAAAAUUUUUCAAAUCAAGUGCCUGAUGGUGUAGAAUACUCUCAACCCUGUAGAGGAAGUUCAACUGUUAUUGUUGGAUUUGUUUGGGUUUCAAACACAGACUUUAUUCUGAUAACUAAUCAGGGAAUAGAGCACUAUCAAGUUGUGCCUGAAAAAAGAUGCCUGAGAGCUGUGAAAAACCACAGUAUUCAAAGCAACUGGUUUGUAUAUUGUCCCCUGUCUGGACUUUUAUUGGUAUCAUCUGGCCCACUUGGUACUAGUCUUCAGCCCUAUCUCUUCAAAAACCAUCAGCUUCUACGUCUUACCAAAUUUGAAGUCGACAUUCCAAAUCCUCCACAACCUGCACGUCUUUGCCUAGUCGAGAGAGACGUCACACCAACCAUGCUUUACAAUCAAAUGGUAGUACUCGUCCUUAAGCAUCCAAUUAAACCAAAUUCUACGGUCGGACGAGAGACCCCAGCAUCAGGAAAUUCGGAAAUUGUCGUUUACACUUUGUGCAAAGACGCCCCUCCCCGGAAAACUCACGUACUUCAAUUGGAAACCAGUGGCAAACUAGCUGUAAGCAUCUUGGACAACUUGAUUAUUGUCCACCAUCAAGCCUCUAAGACGUCAUCCAUUUUUGACAUAAACUUGACGGGUGAAUCAGACGGUCGAGUGAUGACGUUGCAUCCGUUCCUAGCAUCCGUUACUAUUCGCCCAUACUUCCUCAACAUCCCCGCUUCAGCCGCUAUGCUGAACCACGAACCUUCUCAGAUGAGUUGUGAGCUAUAUUCUCCAAACUGGGUAUUUUUUCAAUCCAACAUCAUUAUCGACGCUCUAUUAGGAUGCCUUUGGAGUCUGGAACUAGUCCUAACUCCUUUGAUUGAUAUGGUUGACAAUCCUUGUGAAUUGUUUGACUUCCUCCUGCAGAGAACGGAAUCCAAAUCGACUGUGAUGGCACUCUUGAGUCGAUUAAUGUGCUAUUCUCAUUCAGUGGGAGCCGAUGUGCCUGUCCUUGGCCGAGUAUUCGAUAAACUCAACGAAGCAUACCGUAACCAUUUGGACAUUGAGAUUCAGAGUCAGAUCGCCAUGCCAGCUGGUGCGUUUCAGUUGAGUACCGGAUCUUCUUCACGACGACCCAAUGUGGUUAUUGACCAGACUGAUGUCUACUCUCGUAUCUUGUCACCCAUGACGGAAAGCAAGCCAAUGGAUGAGACGCAUGACCGUUUUAUUGUGGCUGUCGUCAACGAGUACAUUCGAUCCCUCGUCCAAUAUCACAUUCCAGUACAGCACUUUAUUUAUGAAGUACUCAUCGAAGCUUUUGCACGUUUGGGACAGUUCUACCAGCUUCACCAGCUCUUCCAGUACCACGCAGUAGCUGAUUCGAAACCUUUGGCGUGCCUCCUGCUUUCGUUAGAAAGUGUAUAUCCAGCGGCGUAUCAGCUCGCAGUCGACAUGCUUAAGCGGAUUUCAAAUGCCAAUGAAGAAAUUGUAGAAAUCCUGCUGUCCAAGAACAAAGUCCUGUCGGCAUUAAGGUUCGCUCGGGAUACAAUUCCGGUUGAAAGCAUAUCAGCUCGCAAAUUUCUCGAAGCGGCUCAAAACUCUCAGGAUCCCUCCGUUUUUUAUGGUGUCUACCAGUACUUUCAACAACGCAACCGGCGCGUUCGUGGAAGUUUAGCAUUUUUGAAAGGAGAACACUGCGAAGUGUAUAUCCGUCAUUUUAAGUUACUUUUCGGCGAUGGUGAUUGCAGUACUAGUCUAACCGAUUCGCUAUCAAUGGGAUAGCAAAGGAAAAAAUAAAACACGUGACGGAGCCCAUAGGACGAAACUGAUAGCAAAGACUAGUUGUAUUUUUCACGUCUCAUUCUUUCAUGUGAUUAUACAUAUAUAUAUAUAUAUA